GCCGGAAGUGUCCAUGUUCCCCUUGCAGUGGGGGAAGGAAUCAAACCCCCAAGAUGGCGGCGGCGUCGGAGGAGCGGAUGGCAGAGGAAGGAGGCGUCGGCCACGGCGACGGCGGCUCCUCUUCGGCCACCAGCUCUGCCCAGCGACAGCCCCCACCGCCCCCGCCCCAGCCCCUGCAGCCGGGGUCCCAGGCGCCCCCAACACCAGCGCUGGCUCUGGACCAGCUGCCUCAAAACAACACGCUGGUGGCGCUGCCCAUCGUAGCCAUCGAGAACAUCCUCAGCUUUAUGUCCUACGACGAAACUAGCCAGCUCCGCCUGGUUUGUAAAAGAAUGGACUUGGUCUGCCAGAGAAUGUUGAAUCAGGGAUUUCUGAAAGUAGAGAGAUACCAUAAUCUAUGUCAGAAACAAGUUAAAGCACAACUCCCAAGGAGAGAGUCAGAAAGGAGAAACCACUCAUUAGCUCGUCAUGCAGACAUUCUUGCUGCUGUUGAAACAAGGCUGUCAUUGUUAAAUAUGACUUUCAUGAAGUAUGUGGAUUCAAAUCUCUGUUGCUUCAUCCCAGGAAAGGUGAUUGAUGAGAUUUAUCGUGUGUUGAGGUAUGUCAAUUCUACCAGAGCCCCUCAGCGAGCUCAUGAAGUACUUCAAGAAUUAAGGGAUAUUUCUUCCAUGGCAAUGGAAUACUUUGAUGAAAAGAUUGUUCCAAUUCUAAAGAGGAAAUUACCUGGAUCAGAUGUGUCUGGAAGACUCAUGGGCUCUCCUCCAGUUCCAGGACCAUCUGCAGCCCUAACAACAAUGCAGCUCUUCUCCAAGCAAAACCCUUCAAGACAAGAGGUUACCAAACUCCAGCAACAGGUUAAAACAAAUGGUGCUGGCGUGACUGUUCUCAGGCGUGAAAUUUCUGAGCUUCGCACCAAAGUGCAAGAACAGCAGAAACAGCUUCAAGACCAAGAUCAGAAACUGCUAGAACAGACCCAGAUCAUAGGUGAACAGAACGCACGGUUGGCAGAGCUGGAACGCAAACUACGAGAAGUAAUGGAAAGUGCAGUGGGAGGAAACUCCUCAGGGUCUGGGCAGAAUGAGGAGUCUCCUCGGAAACGGAAAAAGGCCGUAGAAGCCAUAGACUCUCUAAGGAAAUCUAAACGUCUUCGAAAUAGAAAGUAAAUUGGAAUGUGGUUCUAGCUCCAGAGGAAGACAUGGCUUAGUGGCUUAAGCAGUUACGCAUUUAUCAGGAUACUGUGAGCAGCACGGUGUCCCCUAGGCUUCUAGGCUUUCAGAACACAAAACUUGAACUUUUACCAUUGGGACAUUCUUUUCCCGCUUCUCCUGGUUGAACUGAUGCACAGAAUCUUUUUACUUUGCAAUAGAUUUGUACUAACAAGACCUGUUCUAUCAUGUUUUGAGGAGUUAACUUUUUUCUGUGCAGAUAAUGUUUAAAGUAAGUUAAUUUGUUUCUGCAUAUAUGCACAUCACGUUAGGAUCUUAAACCCAGUCUUGACAGACUGGAUGUUAAGUUUAAUACAGAAAAUGUCCUGUUCACUUGAAAGAAAAGAUCUACUUUUUAAAUGGACACUAUCUUAUUUCUUUUCUUUUUAAAGUUGUCUUUUUUGUUAUAAGUGACCUUUGUCUGGAAUGUCUGAAGAGUAGUUAAUGCUUUUUGGUAUUGAAGUAAUGGGUAACUAAAACGGACUUCCAUAGUACUGACUGUAGAAGGAGCCUCCUACAGUAUUGACUAUAUAUUUUUAUAAACUACUGGCAAGGGACUUACCCAGUUGUUAUAUACAUGUUUUCAAUUCUCUUUUGGGGCCAUGUCCUACAUUUGCAUGGAUGGAUGCAUGCGUUGCCUAGUCAACUCACUUAAAAAGCUCUUGCACUGGUAUUGAUCUUGAACCUCUGUACUUCUCCACUUUUUACAGCAGCAUCUUAGUUUAUUUAAGCACUUAACAUCUUCCACCGCAACAGCUUGCCUCUAGAGGAGGAAUUGUCAGUCUGUUUGUCCUCCAGUUUUAUAGGAACAAGAGACUCUUUAAAGCCCAUUGCUUUAUCUAUUCUCUGUAGAGUUCAGGUACACUGGCUAAGGCUUCUAGAACCCCAAAUUCAAGGCUCUUCUUAUCAAUAGUGGACCUCUGGGAGCUAGUACUGUGCAUUACUCACCACUGUGUGUGCUCGUUGAUCACAUGUGAGUAAGUAGGGGACCCGACUUAUAGGAUGUAGUUUUGCCAUUGAAGGAAAAGUUCAUUGAAGAAAAUUGUACCAUGAAAAAAGCAUUUUGAUUAUUUCAUUUCUGGGGGAUGACCUGAAGAAAGCUUUUUAAUAUUAAUUUCAAGCUUUUCUUAUCCUACAACUUUAAACAAAAGCUUUAAUUUCAUUUGCACUCCUGUUUUGAGCUUGUAACUGGAAAAGCAUGUCUUGCACUGUCCAGCCUUCUGAGUGGUCACUUUAACAACCUCCAAAUGGUGUAGAGUGGUUACUUUCCCCAGCUGUGUAUUUUUUGAGACAUUUAACUAUCACUGUCCUAGUUUUAUUUUAAUGUACUAAAUUAUGUAGUUAUUUGACUGUUACUUUCUUUUAAACAACUGUUGCCAUGGGCUUCAGUUAUUUAAAGUAAAUUUAGGUAUAAUAGAGAAAAUUAUCCCUUUCCAGGUGGGAGUUUGACACCUGUAUUAAAACCUAAGGUUUUGGUAAGUACCUUAGUUAAAUAAAAGCACAAGGUUAUCACCUUUUUUAUCCGUCCAACGUGACAUGGUUAUGCAUCCUUUAGAUUAACCUCACCAAAUGAAACUUUUUUUUUUUAAUUUUUAACUUCUUUUAUUUUUUUUAUUUUUAUUUUUUUACACACCCACUGAACUAGUCCAGAGACAAAUGAAACUUUUUUCUAUCUGUUUUUAAUUAUUGUCCUUACAUAAUAUUGUCCUUAGGUUUUGAUCUAUGUCUAACUUUGAAAUUCCAUUUACAAUGUAGUGUGUUUUCAAUGAAAAACCAUAAAGUAACAUCCAAGUGUUUCAUGGUUUGUUGGGAAGGUAAUUUUAAAAUAAAACAAUUUCCAAAAAACAUUUGUCAGCCAAGGUCAUCCAUAAAAGUCCCUGUCUGGAACUCAUUUUCUCAGCAGUUCUCAUUUUUUUAAUCAUAGGAUUUAGCCAUAUUAUAAGUUUGGAGGAGGCCUACUGGAAUACCCAUGGCCUUUAAUAGUCUGCUUUUCUGGUAAUUAGGAAGACUUUUUUAAAAAGUAUCAAAGUAUAUGUUUACAGGUUUACAAACUAUGAUCCUUAUGCAUCAAAGGGAUAUAGCCUCAGAUUAUUCUUUAAUAGUUAAUGAAUUAUUAAGUUUCCUGAAUUUCUUUUUAAACUAUAUCUAGAUAUCCUAGAUGUAUGUAUAGUCUUCCACUAGUUAACAUGAGUAUAUGGCUUUCACAAAUAAGCAGUCACACUAUUAGAAGGUGGAUACUCUGUUCCAAAAUCCAAAUUUUUAUAGCAUAUGCUUAUAAUCACCUGUCCAUGAAGCUAAUGAGUUGCACUUGUUAAUACAUGAAUGUUCCAUAUAGUAGGAGAAUAAAGCACUACAGUUCAGUUGUUCAAGUCUUAAAUCUUAGACUAAAACAUGUUAGGAUAUUGUCUUCACCAUUAGGACAGUUAUUUGAGAGCUGUUCUGCUUGUUAAUGGAUAGCAUAUGGUAUUUAAGGCUUAACAAAUCACAAAUUAUUUUGAUCAGCUAAAACUGACAUAUGUACAGAAAAACUGUAAAUUAACCUCCUGAAAGAGCCAUCCUGCCCUGCAUUUUACAUGUUAUUUAAAUGCUGUGUGUUAAUAUUGUGUUGUUGUAAUGCAACAUUUCUUAAAGUAUUCCCAUUGUUUUCCUUGGCUGUUUUUCAGAGGAGACUUCUCUAUUUUAAUGGGUCAUUCCCACGUAUAAAUUUAUUGUGGUACAACACUACACACAUGGAUAAAAAUGUGAAAAGGCAUGUAUAAGAAAUGAAGAGGACUGGUCCCACACCCAACCCCAAGCGGAUCCUCUGCUUAUCUCUCACUUGGACUUGGCUUACUUGGUUUUCACAUAUUCUGAGGUUAUAGAACCUGUUUUUCAAAUUCCUCUUUUGAUGUACAGAGCCUAGAAAUAAUGGGGCAAACAAAAAUGUAUUCAGAAUAAUUAUACUGUUUUAAAGACUAUUGGGGUGCCAUCAGGUCUAAAGCCACUGGUUUUGGAAGUAACUUUUUUUUGUAAAACGUGUUUUUUGGAGUACUGAACUUUACAGGGGUUUGCCUUAAUCUCUAUUGAGUAGUUUCAAGUUGUAUGCGCUAUUACUCUACAUGUUAAAAUGUUAAAAUAUUCUAUGUAGCCCUAAAGGUGGGUAAAACAGAGUAUAAGUAAUGCCUAAAUAAAUAAGCUAAAAGGUGUCACUACAGCUGGAUUUUUGAGAGAAAAUGGACAUAUAAAAAUAGGCUAUGUGUAAUAAAAAUAAUGGCACCUUAAGAUUGCACUAUUUUAUGCAUUAUUUUAUAUGCCAUUUCAUAGCCUGCACUUUAAUCUCCAAAGAAACAAUGUGUGAUGUCCCAGUUGUUCCUUAUUAUUAAACUUUUUCUUAAGACAGGGCACUUAAUUCUAUUUUACUAUACUGAAUUAGUUUCUUAGAGGUGAAUUCCUUUUCUGAGUUCUCUAUUUCCUUAGCCAUAAUAUUUUCUAGGAUCUGGGAACUCCCUAUCUUAUCUAUUUCUAACGGCAUAAGACUUUAAUUUAAUGUAAUAUAAAUCUCAUACUUGGUGAUUAGCACAUUCUUAUAUCCUGCUCUAGCAAUGAGUACCCAUUUAUUAUCCUUAUCAAACUCUCUAAAAAUGUAUGCUGUGAGUAAGAUUUGAAGCCAGGAAUAAAAAGCAUUCAGAAAGGAAACGUCCUGUAUGAUACAGUCUCUUGGAAAUGGCUGAUUCUGACAAGAAACCCAAUUUGAUAUUCUGUCCAAUUCUUUGAUUUGGGAUCUAUCUAGACUGCUUUAGUAUACAAAAGGUUAAGUUAAAAUUAUUUUAAACUUCGAUAGCCUGCCAUAUGAGGUGAAUUUUCAAAAAAUACUAAAUCUAUAAAAUGAAACUAGCAAUUGAUUGCUGCCGACCUUGGUUUUAAUUUUAAUAGUAAUACAGUUGUAUUGGUGAUAAAUAUGACAGACUUAAGUAAUGUUCUUUUUGCAGAUUCCCAAGAAUCUUGGUUAAAUUUCUAAAGUUCAGAAACCCAAAUUUUUUCAAUUGUGUCUGAAAAGAACCAUGAGAUUUAGAACCAUACUGGUAAUCUAUUAGGUCCAUUGCCAAAGUAUACUGGUCCAUAUUCAAAGCUAUACCAAAAGGUUAGAAGUGUUUAAAAUUCCUUUAUGUGGUACCAUGUCUGUUUACCUGUGCUUAUGAGCAACGAUAAAUUAUUAGUUUACCUUCUGGAAUUUUAAUUGUUAUAACCUAAUCAAUCAUUGGAAAGUGAAAAUCACCUCCCAGUCACACAACAGGGUACAUAAAUAAAUGUGUUGUUACCAGUG